AUGUUUUUCCCGGGGUUGCUCUUAGAUCUUCCGGAGGGCACCCCAAUAUUGAAGAUAUUUUCCCCAUUAAUUAGAGUGGGUGCUGGGGAGAGAUCUGAGGAAGGCCCCACGGAGGGCAUGGAGGAAGGACCCGGGGAGCAUUUGGAGGAAUCUGGGGAGCAUUCAGAUGAGUUGGACCCCUCCAGGGAUGGCAAAUUAUCUGAUAAGCCAGUUGACUCACUUGAAAUUGCUGAUGAAAUUACAAUGGGUAACAUGGUGGGUAACAUGGGUAAAUCUGAAGAAAAAGUAUUUCAAGAUGGUGGUGGAGUGAUAUUUGAGAUGAUGGGACAUACCUGGGGAUGGUUCCUGGGCACUUCACUCAGAUAUAACACAUUACACAACACUUUUGACCCCUCCCCAACCAAAAACACCAUCCCAAUGUCUUUCUCCACCCAAGAAAAGAUCUACACAGCCAAUGAGCGCAUUAGGAAGGCCGUUAUGUACUGGCCCAUAGUUCCUGUCCAACACAGGGACCAUUUUUUGGAGAGACUGAGGGAGAAAGUAUUUGGAAGAGUAGAGAAUAAGGGAAGGGCAGUGGAUCCAUCAUUAAUCACCCGGGAUGAUGAGGCAGUGGAGGAAUUGGCCUGGAUUGAGCCCGGGAGACAGACUCCUGAGAGGAGGGAGGCUCUGGACAAUAGUGGUUCUACCUUGUCCUCGUACAUUCUCCACAAUGCCCAUCCAGCCAGUAUGUUCCAAAAGCCCCCCAGCGCCCACCACAGGCAAACAAAAGCGCAAUGUUGCUUGCAUGCCCGUGAUUUCAUCAAAGAAGGCAAAGAGGGCAGCUCUGUCCUGGUGCUCCCCAUAUCUACCCCCUUUUCCUGGGCCCUCAAGGCUAUCUUGCCCCCCACACACCCACCCUGGCCCUGGGAUUUCUGGUGGUCAGUGCCCAGACCCCGUAGCACCUCCAACCAGCAAGGAAAAGGGAAAGGUGGUGGUAGAGAUUACCAGGGGUGUAGAAGAUCUGCAGAGAAAGAGCAUGGAGGAGGGGUGCAAGUGGUGCAGGCUGGACAAGUUUGCCUGCACCAUAAGCAAAAGUAG